GUGCAAACUUUUACCCUAUUUCUAAACGACACGGACAGUUUUCAAACAACAGAAAAGAGAUGGCUGAUCCAAGUCAUGGGCAUUCUAUUGAAGAUCUGCGUCCUGAACAUCCUAGAAACGAGACAAGCAGCAGGAAGGACCAGACAAAAGACGUGGGCUGGCAGCAGGACAGGGAAGAACAAACUUCAUGUGAGGAAACGUUUCAUGUGAAGGUUGAGAAGACUUUGUCCCCACAUGUAGAGGAUCACAACAAAGCCCUACUUCAGAACAAGACAACAGACAUGAGCUGGCAGCAGGACAGGGAAGAGCAAGCUUCAUGCAAAGAAACCUUUCAUGAGAAGGUUGAGAACACCAAUUUUAUUUCUCCAGGUAUAGAGGAUCACAGCGAAGCCCUGCUUCAAAACAAAACAACAGGCAUGGGCAGGCAGCAGGGCAGGGAAGAGCAAGCUUCAUGCCAGGAAACAUUUCAUGUGAAGGUUGAGAAUUCUGAUUUCUUGUCCCCACAAAUAGAUCAUCAUGAUGAAGCCCUUCUUCAAAACAAGACAACAGACAUGGGUUUGCAUCAGGACAGAGAAGAGCAAGCUUCAUGCCAGGAAACGUUUUAUUGGGAGGUGAACGAAACUGACUCAUCAGCAUACGUAGAGCAGGUAGAAGGUUCCAUGCCUGAUUUCAACACUGAGAAACUCAGUCAGUGUGACUAUUCUGCGACUCAAAAAUCCAAAUUUGGACCGCCACCUACUAAAACACACUGGUAAGAAACCUUUUUUGUGUGGUCAGUGUGACUAUUCUGCAACACAAAAAUCCAAUUUGGACCGUCAUCUGCUAAAACACACAGGCAGAAAAUCUUACAUGUGUAGUCACUGUGACUAUUCUACUUCGAAUAAAUUACAGUUGGACCGCCAUCUACGUAAACAUACAGGUGAAAAACCGUACAAGUGUGAUCAGUGUGACUAUUCUGCAGCACAGAAAAUCAGUUUAGAUUUUCAUAUAGCAUCAAAGCACACUGGUGAAAAUCCUCACAUGUGUGGGAAAUGUGGGUACAGCACGUAUCUAAAAUCCAACCUUAAGAACCAUAUGAGAACUCACAUGGAAGUUAAACCCUACAAGUGCGACCAAUGUGACUUUUCUUCAGCGCACAAAUGUAGUUUGGACAAACAUCUAGCAACACACACCGGCGAGAAACCCUACAUGUGUGGAGAGUGUGGGUACAGGGCAGCUCAAAAGUCUCAGCUUUCCCGACAUAUGAGAAUCCAUACAGGUGAAAAACCCUACAAGUGUGACCAGUGUAACUAUUCUGCAGCCCUAAAACACACUUUACGUCAACACCUCGCAAAUCACACUGGUGAUAAGCCCUACAUGUGUGGGGAGUGUGGGUAUAGAACAGCUCGGAAGUCUCAUUUAUCCAAACACAUGAGAACACACACAGGGCAAAAACCCUACAAGUGUGACCAGUGUGACUAUUCUGCAGCCCUAAAAAACACUUUAAAUCAACACCUCGCAAAACACACUGGCGAGAAGCCCUACAUGUGUGGGGAGUGUGGAUACAGAACAGCAAAGAAGUCUCAUUUAUCCCGACACAUGAGAAUACACACAGGGCAAAAACCCUACAAGUGUGACCAGUGUGACUAUUCUGCUGCUGAUAAAUCUACUUUGGGCCAACACCUAAUGAAGCAUACCGGAGAAAAGCCAUACAUGUGUGGGGAGUGUGGGUACAGGGCAGCUCGGAAGUCCCGCCUGACCAAACACAUGAGGACCCACACAAGAGAAAAAACCCUCAAGAACUAAAAGAACAUUUUGCUGAGAGUUAUCUAUACAAACUGUUAUUGUACAAUGUAGUUGGUUACAAAACAUUGAAAUGAUUUUGCAUUCAUCCAUAUGUUUGACUCAUAUGACACAGUAAAUUGCAGAGAUAGUUUUUUUUUUACCGUAAUAUACAUAUUUUUAGAGGCAAAGUAGGAAAUAGCUUAUACGUUUAUUUUACUUACUUUAUGAUCGCAUAUUAACACUAAGAGCGAUAACUGUAGUGUUAAACACAAACAGAUUUUUACUGUGU